GUCUACGAGAACGACUGGUACGGCGACUAUCCCGGCGCUAAGUCCAAGAAACUACCCGAAGCCGAGGCCGAAAAAUAUUUUGGCGGUUCGCACGAGAAUUUUUGUAAAUGGCGAGACAUACCGGAGCUAUUGGACUGUAAGACCAAUCAAAACAACUCGCGCGAGUGGUCGGACCUGUGCGCCAACCCUCAGACCAUUGGUGCGGUAAUGCCCGACAAGAACACCAUACACUUCGUGACCGGCGCCGGCGGUAGUAAGACAUACGGGUUUGACAUGAGGCCCAAACGGGACGCCACGGCGGCCACCGAUCAACGCUUUCACACUAUGAAACCCGGGCUCCAGGACUGGGCCAAGAAGUACAAGGGAUUCAACCCGUCUGAGGGCGGCUUCUGUAUGAUAGACGGCGACCUCUGUGUCCUGAGUCCGACCUCUGCCAAGUGCUGGAACGGCGACUCUGGUCUACUCAUUAUGAUUAACAAGACUGUAGGCGAGGCUGAGGUCGAGGAGGCGGACGCGGCCGACGGCGACCCUAAAGAUGCCGGCGCUCUCAUCAAUACCGAUCCACGCAAUGGUCUGUACGUUAAGAUUAAGGGCAAAGAGGUCUGUUCGUACGUUAUGGACAACGGGCGCCUGUACCAGGACGGCAAGUGUGUGCCCACUGACCAGCAUAAGGCCAAUUAUCCGUCCGAUAUUAUCGCCGCCAUUAAGAAUCGCGCCAACGAGUGGUUCUUCAUUAGGCCCGACGGCACGCACUGUCGGCGCCAUCAAAUGGAUUCCAAUAAGUGCACUGAAUGGCGGGACAACAAAGAGCUGUUCGCGUGCGGCGACGACAACAAACCGCCCGAACACGAGUCGCUGUGCAAUAACCCGAAGAUCAACGCCGGCGGUAAUCAUCCGCCGGAGAUAUACGUCUUCCGCGGCGGCAAAGUGUGGCAGUUUGACAAUCGGCCACAAACUGGCAAACCGUUUGGCAAUCUGUUGGACGGCGCGGAACCGGCCAAAAAUCGUUGGCCAGGCAUUCGCACGCCCGGCGGCUUCGGCGGCAAUCUAGAGAACCCUAUUAUGAUCUACAAUAAGAAGUGGUCGGAGUGGUCGCCGAAGGGCGACAAAGUGAAACUCGACGAAACCAUUGAAACCAAAGUGAUUGAGUUGCCCGACGAGCCCGAAGGCGACCCCACAGACAGGGGAGCGCUGAUAUUGGUGGACAAAGCGGCCGCCAAAUACGCCAAGAUCUUAGCUGAUAAGGCGUGUUACGUGAAAAUUGCCAAAAACAAGGCCUUCUGGACCGGUAAGUGUCGUCCGGUGGCCGAAGAAGAGCACAACUAUCCGCCAGAAGUGGUGGCGGCCGUGAAAGCCGGUGACAAUAAUUGGUAUUUCUUUAACCCGAACGGCAAGUACUGUAAGCGCGCGGACGGCAGCGCACAAAACUGCACGGAAUGGCACCCAAACGGAGAGGCAUUCGGUUGUCAACCGAAAGGAAAGAAGCGGAAGACAAGGGAUACCGAAGCCGUGGCGGACAACGCGGACGCCAAGCGAUCUGAAGGCAGUGAUCGGUCGCAAGAGUUGGAACUGUUGUGCAAGAAUCCGGUGAUCAAUGCGGGCGGCAAUUACGGCCCACAUGUGCUCAUAUUCAGGGGCGGAAAGUAUUGGCAGUUCGACAAUAAGCCCAAAGCGGGGAAACCGUUGGGCGAAUUGGUCGCGGGUCAGGUGCCGGCCAAAGACCGCUGGCCUGGCAUUCGUUUCCCCACAGGCGUCGCCGCUAAGGGUAAGGACUUUGUGGUGGUCUAUAAGGACAAGUGGUCGCGUUGGCGACCGGACGGCAAGCGUAGCGGUUCCGGUCAUAUCCAGGAUCCGGAUAAAGGGGGCAAAACUGGGCCCAAAAGCGUCGCCGCUAAGGGUAAGGACUUUGUGGUGGUCUAUAAGGACAAGUGGUCGCGUUGGCGACCGGACGGCAAGCGUAGCGGUUCCGGUCAUAUCCAGGAUCCGGAUAAAGGGGGCAAAACUGGGCCCAAAAGUAAAAAGCCGGGCGACGCCGACCUUCCCGACGAGGAGGGAAGCGAUCCGACCGGUGAACGCGACCCCAAGAAGAAGCCGACGGGUGGACCGAAAGGAGUGACCACUAAAAAGCCCGGCGCUGGCGAUUUGCCCGAUGAAGAGGGAAGUGAUCCGACCGGUGAAAGGGAUGGCAAGAAAAAGCCGAAGGGAGGGCCGAAAGGUGGCGACAAAAAGGGAUCUAAAACUGGGCCCAAAAAGCCGGGCGAAGCCGGCCUUCCCGACGAAGAAGGUAGCGAUGCGACCAACGAAAGGGAUGGCAAGAAAAAGCCCGGAGCGGGUGAAUUGCCCGAUGAGGAGGGAAGUGAUCCGACCGGUGAAAGGGAUGGCAAGAAGCCUAAGGGCGGGCCAAAAGAUGGCGAUAAAAAGGGUCCCAAAAAACCAGGCGAUGGGGAACCGCCGGACGAAGAGGGCAGCGAUCCGAAUGCCGAACGCGAGCCGAGUCCCGACGAAGCGGAGGCGGCGGCCGUCGACAGAGACCCCACUAAACCGGUGAACAAAGACGAGAAGAUCGAAGACGAAGAGAUGCCCGACGAACCCGACGGCGAUCCCACAGAUUCGGGCGCCGUUUUCCACAACGACCCGAACCCAGACGUGCGGACACACGUGAAGGCGGAUCAGGUCUGCAAUCUGUUGUUCCGCAACAAUAAGCUCUACCAAAACGGAAAGUGCGUGAAUGUGGACGAAGACAGACACGCGUAUCCGCCAGACCUCGUGGCCGCCAUCAAGAACAAGGACAAGGACUGGUUCUUUGUCAACAACGACGGCAAGUACUGCAAGCGAAAGGACAAGAACUUCGAUAAGUGCACGGACUGGAAGGACAAUAAGGAUCUGUUUGGCUGCAACGCUGCCAAAGAAAAUCUGGACCCGAAGGUCGAGAAUCUGUGCGGUAAGCCGAAGAUUAACGCCGGCGGUAAUCAUCCGCCAAACAUAUUGGUGUUUAGGGGCGGAAAGGGCUGGACGUUCGACAAUAUGCCCGAAAAGCACAAACCAUUGGGCAAUUUGGUAGAGGCCGGCGAGAAGCCAGUGAAGGGCAAAUGGCCGGGCAUUCACUUUCCCGGCGCUUUUGGUAGCAAUAAAGACAAACCUAUUAUGGUGUACAACAAGACGUGGUCCCAGUGGUUGCCCAACGGCGACGCCGAUGUUGUCAAUGAACCCAUACUGGAGCUCAACGACAGCCCCGGUGUAGCCAUACUUUUGCCCAACGAUCGCAUAGCCGUUGUGGUCAACGAAUCGGUCUGGUAUUUCCGAAAGAAGGGCCAGAAGUUGUUGCGCGACAACCAUAACAACGGGCCGACACCCGUCGGCAAAACAGUGGAGAACUUUCCGCCGUAUCUGUCGGCUGUGCUGACCAUCAAUCACAACAUCUACUACUUCUUCAAAGGCAGCAAAUAUUGCAAACGACCGCUCGUUGUGGAGGACAACGCCUACUCGCAGACACCGCAACUCGAUUGGGAUAAUAUGCCCGCACUUUUCGACGAGUCCAACACCGAUAUGGUUCCCGAGGAAGAGCUGAAGAAACACUUCACGUUAAAGUCUAAGGAUUCAAACUGCAUAUGGAAAGACAACAGAGACCUAUUGGGCUGCAAACUGCCCAAAGUGUACAAUAAGAUCCGCAAACUGUGCUCAUCGCCGGUCACCAUCGGGAGCGUCAUCUUUGACCACAAGCUGAUCAACGUCUUCACUCACCUCAAGCUCUAUGUGUUCGACCCGACGGGUCGACCGAAGAAAAAUAUGGACCCGGCGUUUACUCGACUGGUGAGCGACGACACGCAACCGGCGCGCAAGUGGCCCGGCUUUGACCAGAACUACGGCCGCUUCUACUCGACCCAAGUGAACCAUCUGUGCGUUAUCCACGAGAACGUGCGCUACACGUGUUGGUCGGCCGACGGCAACAAAUAUGUGGACAAUCGGCCCAUCGGUCCGCCAGAAGAGGAUAUGGAGGACGAAGAGGGCGGCGACGAGAACGGAGACGCCGGCGCUCUCAUCAAUCCGGAAGACAACGGCGGAAAGUAUGCGCGCAUUAAAGGCAAUAAGUUGUGUCAGUUGGCCAUCGAAGACGAGGAGAUGUUCUUCGUUGGCGGCGAUUGUGCGGACGUGAAAACAGAUCCGCGCAAUUUCCCGCCACAGAUCAUAGCGGCCAUCAAACCCAAGGAUAAUAACUGGUAUUUUCACAAUAAAAAUGGCAAAUACUGUAAACGUGCCGAAAAUGAUCACAAAAAGUGUGACAAAUGGGCCGACAAUAAGGAGGUGUUUGGCUGUACGGCAAAGUACGUGAGUCCCGACCUGCAGAGCCUGUGCCAGAACGCGACGAUCAACGCUGGGGGCAAUUUCCCGCCCCAUAUCAUGGUAUUCAGAGGUGGGAAGUACUGGAAGUUCAACAAUAGACCCAAACCCAAGAAACCGUACGGCGAACUCGUCGAGUAUAAAGCGCCCGCCAGAGAGAAAUUCCCGGGCGUUCACACACCCGGCGCUGUCGGCCAUAACGGACCCAACUUUCUGGUCGUACACAACAAGAAGUGGUCCCAAUGGCUGCCCAAUGGGUUCAACGACGUGCUCGACGAACCCAUACUGGACAAGGAGUCGGAACUGCCCGACCAGCCGGAGCUGAAUCCGGCCGACAGGGGAGCGCUUAUACCCACCAAUCAGACGGACCCGAAAGCACAGGAGUACGCGAAGAUCGUGGGCGACAAAGUGUGUUAUGUCGUGAUCCGCAAGAAUAAGCUCUACUGGAAGGACAAGUGUGUGUAUGUGUCGAGAGAUCCGCACAACUUUCCGCCCCAUAUCGUGGCCGCCGUGAAGGCCAAAGACCCCAACAAUUGGUACUUUUUCGACGAUAAGGGCCAACACUGUCACCGACCGGACAAAGACGUCAGCGAGUGCACGAAAUGGACAGACAAUAAGGAGGUGUUUGGCUGUAAGGAUAAAAAAGUGAAACAGGAGCUCAAGUUUUUGUGCUCAAACGUGAAGAUCAACGCCGCGGCUAACGUACCGCCGCAUACGCUGUUCUUCAGGGGCGGAAAGCUGUGGCGUUUCGACGAUAAGCCCAAACCGAAGAAGCCGUUCGGCACUCUGGUCGAGGGUCAGGUGCCGGCGAGCGUCGAGUUCCCCAGCAUUCACUUUCCCGGCGGCGCCGGCCAUCAGAAGCCCGACAAGUUUGUGAUGGUCUAUAAGGACAAGUGGUCGCGUUGGAAGACCGAACCCCUCGUCCCUAAGGUUGCCGGCAGUGAUCCCGACGCUGAGGACAAAGCGGGUCCCGAAAAGGGAAAGGAAGACAAGAAAGACGAUCCGGACGAAGAGGGCAGCGCUCCGGCGGACAGUAGGGACGGGAAGAAAGCGCCCAAAGGAGGCAAAGCGGGAGAAAAGCCCAGCGAUAAGCCGUCGCCUGACGGCGAGGAGAACGCAGCGCUCGAUAAGGACAAAGAUAAGGGCGGAAAGGGUGGCGACGAUCCGUUCGCCGAUACCGGCGGUGCGCUGAUUCCGGUGGACCCGAAAAUACCGCUCUUCGCUAAGAUAAAGGGACCCGAAGUGUGUUAUCUGACUAUACGUAACAAUAAGGCCUAUUGGAAGGGAAAGUGCAAACCUGUGGCCAAAGACGCGAAUAAAUUUCCGCCCAAUAUUGUGGCCGCCGUUAAGAAUAAGGACAACGACUGGUUCUUCGUGGAGAAAAACGGCACGUAUUGUAAGCGCAAAGACAACUCGAAGGAUGAGUGCAACAAAUGGGACGAUAAUAAAGAGCUGUUUGGUUGCGACCAAAAGCCAGUGAAGGCCGAGUUGAAGGAGUUGUGCCGAAACGCGACCAUCAAUUCGGGCGGUAAUGUCGACCCAAACAUAGAUGUGGCCAAAGAGGGAAAGGUGUGGUCUUUUGACAAUAAGCCCAAAGAAGGCAAACCAUUGGGUGAGUUAGUGGCCGGCAAAGUGCCCGUCGAUGAGAAGUAUCCGGGAAUGCAUUUGCCCGGAGGUCUGAGUAAUAAUAAGGGCACUCCUGUUAUGGUGUACCCAAACAAGUGGUCGCAAUGGCCUAAAAAGGGCGGUAAGGCUGGAGGUGCGAGCGAACCCGGAACUGGUGAUGGCGGUGGAGAUGCGAGUAGUGGUGAUGGAGCUGCAGAUAAAGGCGGCAAAACGGACCCCGAGUCUAGUGGUGGUGAUCCCAAGGGUGACGCCAAUGACGGGGCUUUGAUUCCUGUGGACCCGAAAAAGGGAGAGUUUGCGAAGAUUAAGGGCCCGAAAGUGUGUUACUUAACGAUCAAACAAAACGUGGCAAAAUGGAAGGGCAAGUGUCAGCCCGUGGCCGACGAUCCCAACAACUUUCCGCCCAAUAUUGUGGCCGCCAUUAAAAAUAAGGACAACGACUGGUUUUUUGUAGCGAAAAAUGGGACCUAUUGUAAGCGUAAAGACGACUCGAAGAUUGAGUGUAAUAAAUGGAAACCAAAUAAAGAACUGUUUGGAUGUAAAGCUAAGAAAGUGAAACCAGAUUUAGAAGAGUUGUGUGAAAACCCGGCCAUAAAUGCCGGCGGAAAUGUUGACCCAAAUAUCGAUGUCUUUAAAGACGGAAAAGUGUGGAAAUUUGAUAACAAACCCAAAAAAGGCAAACCUUUUGGCGAUUUAGUUGAGGGCAAAGUUCCCGCAGAAGAGAAAUAUCCCGGCAUUCAUCUGCCCGGAGGUCUAAGCAAUAAUAAGGGUAAUCCUGUUAUGGUUUAUCCUAAUAAGUGGUCGCAAUGGCCAAAGUCAGGCGCCGGCGGUUCGAAAUCAGACGAUCCCAAUUCAGGCAGCGGUGAUCCGGAUGGAAGUGCCGGUGAUGGCGACAGUCCUAAGUCUGGCAAAGGGAAGGGCAAACCAAAAGGGGGCUCUAAAAAGGGGAAAGACAAACCCGGAUCAGGAGAUCCCAGUGCCGGAGAACCGGACGAAGAGGAGAGCGCUCCGACCGAUGGCAGAGACAAGAAGAAGGGUGAGCCGGGAAGCGGUGAUGGAGGCGGUGGGGGUCCGGAUUCACCGACAAAUAUACGCGAUAAACCAAUUCUUGGCGAAGACGGCAGCGGAGAUCCAGGUAGUGGUGAACCCAAGGGUGACGAUAAAGACAAGGAUGAUAGCAAUGACGGGGCUUUGAUUCCUGUGGACCCGAAAACGGGAGAGUUUGCGAAGAUUAAGGGCCCGAAAGUGUGUUAUUUAACGAUCAAACAAAACGUCGCCAAAUGGAAGGGCAAGUGUCAGCCCGUGGCCGACGAUCCCAACAACUUUCCGCCCAAUAUUGUGGCCGCCGUUAAGAAUAAGGACAACGACUGGUUCUUCGUCGCGAAAAAUGGGACGUAUUGUAAACCAAAGAAAAAGAAACCAGAAUUAGAAGAGUUAUGUGAAGACCCGGCCAUUAAUGCCGGCGGAAAUGUUGACCCGAAUAUCGAUGUCUUUAAAAACGGAAAAUUAUGGAAAUUUGAUAACAAACCCAAAAAAGGCAAACCUUUUGGCGAUUUAGUUGAGGGCAAAGUUCCCGCCGAAGAGAAAUACCCGGGUAUUCAUCUGCCCGGAGGUCUAAGCAAUAAUAAGGGUAAUCCUGUUAUGGUUUAUCCGAACAAAUGGUCGCAAUGGCCAAAGUCUGGCGCCGGCGGUCCGAAAUCAGACGAUCCUAAUUCAGGCGGUGGUGAUCCGGAUGGCAGUGCCGGUGAUGGCGACAGUCCUAAGUCUGGCAAAGGGAAGGGCAAACCAAAAGGGGGCUCUAAAAAGGGGAAAGACAAACCCGGAUCAGGAGAACCGGAUGAAGAGGAGAGCGCUCCGGCCGAUGGCAGAGAGCGCAAGAAGGAUGAUCCGGGAAGCGGUGACGGAGGUGCUGGUGGUCCGGACUCAGCGACAAAUAUACGCGAUAAACCAAUUCUGGGCGAAGACGGCGCCGGAGAUCCCGGUAGUGGUGAUGGAGACCCCGGCAAAGGAGGGGCAGAUAAAGACGGCAAAAAGGACCCCGAGUCUAGUGGUGGUGAUCCCAAGGGUGAGGCCAAUGACGGGGCUUUGAUUCCUGUGGACCCGAAAAAGGGAGAGUUUGCGAAGAUUAAGGGCCCGAAAGUGUGUUAUUUAACGAUCAAAGAAAACGUGGCCAAAUGGAAGGGCAAGUGUCAGCCCGUGGCCGACGACCCGAAUAACUUUCCGCCCAAUAUUGUGGCCGCCAUUAAAAAUAAGGACAACGACUGGUUUUUUGUGGCGAAAAACGGGACGUAUUGU